UUCUCACUGUGUCUGUUUACUACUUGAGUGUUUGGGAUAGCCAUGAAAUUGACAGUGCUGCCCAGGUCCACCUCCUUCCUGCUCUUUUUGCUGCUACUGGUGGAGCUUCCUCUCUUAUCGAUGUCUCGUCCCGCCCCGACGCACAAAGAUGGUCUGACAAGGCUGCUUCAACAGAUGCACCGGCUGCUGACUCUAGUGCAGGGAGUGCUGAGCAACCUUGACACUCAUCUGCCAUUUGAGCAUAAACUGCAUUCCCUGCCUAUUAUACACUUCAGGCCUCAAGACUUAGCAACAGUAGAGAUGAAUACUACACUGACACAGCUUUCAUCAGGCCUCCAUUCGUUCAAGUUGCACUUUGACUGGCUGCUACACUGGGAGGACCAGGCAGGUUUGGAGACACAUAAAUCCAAAGAAAUUGAUCAUCAAAUCCAGAAUAUCAACAACCUGCUUCACAAACAGAUGCCAGAGCUGCCUCUUCCAAACACCACUCUUAACCUGCCACCUCCCAGCUCUGCCUGGGACAUGUUCCAGACGUCUGCAGUAGUGCACAGAAGACUACUGCUGUUCUGUGACUGGUAUCUCAGAGCUCUUCGAGUUCUCAAGCUCCAGGCAAAACAAACACAAAGGCAAUAGUUGAUGGAAUCACACCUAACCUCUCACCCUGUCUCAGUGCUGUACAAAAAGAAGAUGGCAACAUGGCAAAUGAUUCCUGUUUGCCUUAAAAAAGUGUUGCCAUGGUAUAAUUUAGGAUUUCCAUCGGUCCAUCAUGUACUGGACCAAACCAUUUUAAUUAACUGAAAGAGUUCAGUUAUUUUAUUGAUCAUUAAUUUAUUGAUGUUUUAACUUAUUUAUUUAUUUUGGAAUAUUUUGGACUAUUUAUUAAAGUGAAUGCUGUUUACAAAUAGGAAGUAUUUUUAUACAUAUAGUGAAUAAAUAAAUGUGUACAUUUCAGGGUGUUUCUUAAAUGCAGACCUUUUUAUCUGUGGUAGCAAGAAUAAUGAAGACAAAGAUAGAGAUUAGUUUUAAUCCUUUAUCUUGACUCAUACAAGCCUGAAAGUGGCUGAAAGUGUAAUUACACACUUAGCAGUUUGCACAUGUUUGAAUGCAGUCCCUGUAGUAACAAGCCUUGGAGUGUAAAAUGAGGAAUAUUGACCAAAGUUAAAUAGUUAACUAUUAUUUAUUUCACUUGUUUUUACUUGGUAUUUAUCUGAUAUUUAGUUAUUUUAUUUGUUGUACUGUCCAGUGUAAUCAGGUAUUUUAAGGUUUCUUUCUAUUAAAUUCAUACUUACAAUGGCAGUAAGUAAGGCUGUUAAUUUAGCUAUAGUAAGUCAUUUUUAACUAAUAUAUUUUAUUUCCAUUAUUAUUGUUUUCUCAUUUAUUUUAUUAUUGUACAAUGUAGAAAAAGAUAACUUCAAACAAAAAACAUAAAAAAGCAUAAAAUCAACCAAUAAAAUCACAAUGUGGUCACAAAAACAACAAUGUAACCUCAGGUCACAGAAUCAAAAGUAUUUGUUUAAGGUCAAGGAGUUUGUAUUGAAGAGAUAUUUGGCUGUUGGUGCUGCAUCAUGUGCUUUUCUAUUCAAAUUCUAUUUUUUUUAAUAAUCCACUGAGCCGUGUUCAUCACUUUAUCUUACUCUGACUUAAUAGUGGCAUUACUCAGAUCAUACAGACCUGAGGAAGUGUAGGAAACCGUUUAUCAGCCUUAGUGUUAAUGUUCAUGUGGACCUUAUUGCAGACAAUGCACUGAUUGUCUGCAUUGUCUGCAUUGUUGAUUUUUGUAAAAUUGUUAAAUGAAAUUAUUAUGUUACGUUUCUAUCGUCUUAUUACUUAUUAAUUAACUUAAACUUGUAGUUAAAUGUUUUUAUAGGUUGCAGUUAUGUAGUAGGAUUACU